UCAUAACUUCCUUCAUAAUCUGAAUAUUUAAAGUAAAUAUUACAAACUAAGAGUUAGAAAGAAGUGACUCAUAGGACUAAUACUUCCGGUGUUCGCGGGGACAGUCACCCGCAUGCGCAGUCAGUCCCGGAAGUGGAUGCUGUAAAUGUUGCUGCUGUUCAUUAGCGAGCGAAGCGUUAAAGUGGCGGCUGCUUUCCAGUUUCUCAUCGAGUUUAAAGUGUAAAAGCUUUGCAAAGAUGAUCUCGCUCACUGAUUCACAAAAAAUCGGAAUGGGACUCACGGGAUUCGGAGUGUUCUUCCUCUUCUUUGGGAUGAUUCUGUUUUUCGACAAAGCACUCCUCGCGAUUGGGAACAUCCUGUUUGUUGUCGGCCUCGCGUUCGUCAUCGGCCUGGAGAGGACUUUCAGAUUCUUUUUCCAGAAGCACAAGAUGAAGGCCACCAGCUUCUUCCUCGGGGGCGUGUUCGUAGUGCUCAUUGGCUGGCCGAUCGUCGGAGUGGUGCUCGAAUUUUAUGGCUUUUUCCUUUUGUUCAGGGGUUUCUUCCCGGUGGUUAUCGGCUUCAUCCGGAGGAUCCCUGUGCUCGGCUCCUUGUUGAAUCUGCCCUUCCUCAGUGGGUUCGCGGACAGAGUGGGCGAGAGCAGCAGCAUGGUAUAACGGACACCGUGUGUGCGUGCGUGCGUUUCUCCUUAUUUAUGAUGGAUUUCCUGAAACAAACUGAGUUAAGAUGAUGUAGUAAAAGCCCUGCCGGUUCUUUUCCCUUUUUUAUUCUUAUUAACCUCUGGGAAGCCUGUCGGUGCGUGUGGGAGCUGAAACGGCUCGGCUGGCGUGUGGAGGGAUUUAUACACAUCUGUUAUUGCUGUACCCAAAAAAAGACCAGUCUCUCUCUCUCCCUGUCCUCCUUUGUGCUGAUGGAGGGAACGAGCCGUGCCAUGUGUGACGAUGAACACCGGCAGGGGGUUUGUUCUGUUACACUGACAGCACUUUGGUUCGGUUCGGUUUGGUUUGGACGCCACAACGAAUCUAACGUCUCUCACAUGAGCUGUUAAUGAUCAGUACUUUAUUUUAAAAAUGUAUUUUUAUCAAAAUAUUGAAACUUUUGAGUAAAAUUUGCUUGAACUUUGUAAAUACAGUUUAAAAACACAAA